AUGGAGCAAGCGUACCACCCGCCGCGCCGAGCGCACACUCCCGACCCGCCGUCCAGAUGGGUCCCGAUCGACUCCAAUCCCACCAGUAUUCUCAACCCCCCCUUCUCACAUCUCUCGUUGCCCAAAGCACGACAGACGUUUGUCAUGGCAAGACACGGGAGUGACGACCACCAUGAGCGUCGGCGCGAGUCAAAACUUGGCUUCUCUGGGUUGAGCGGACUGGUGCACUCGCACACGCUUGGGAACUCGCGCCGUCGCCGCCCAGAACACGGGAGCCACCAGUACCACACUUCGGAGACUCUGCCAGACGCACUACAGGAACCGAACGACAACCGGAAUCGCGAUCGUGCACACGCGCACCCAUUCACCCAACCGCUUCGCGACGAGCGAAAUGAGCAUGUUCGGACCAUGCACCACAAGUUUGCAAGCGAGGGAUGGCCGUCCGAGGACGACGGUGGGAGCAGGCUAGGCCGGCGCAUCUCGACGCUGCGCGGUGGGAACGGUAUCUCGAGCUGGCGCAGCAUGCGCAAGCACGUGAGUGCGGCUGCACACGCGGCUGCCGAGAGCCUACGGACCCCGCCUACUGUGCCCGGAGGGGGGAGAUAUCCCGUCAGGUCCACGUUGCAGAGCAUGCACGCCCCUUCGGCUGCCAGUGUGGUGGCGCCGGCGGCCAGCACGGUCGAGUUGGUCCCAGAAGGAGGGCGGCAUUCCCAGAGAAGCAACUACCAGGCCUCACUCGCACCCAGCCGUCCACACACACAACAGCCAGAGGCGCCACCGCCUCUUCCGACGCGCCCCACCUUUGCUCGCAGGGCGAGCUUCGGUUCCUCGACCUCCACUUACACUGGGGACAAUGCAAGCCUGCAUGCCCACCACUACAACCGUAGCCACCACACGCCGUCCUUUGCGAGCAGCGCUCCGAGCGUUGCGCCAAGUGUGGCGCCCUCCACGUCGACAGUCUCCGAUGUGGAUGGCAGCGAGACGGGCCACCGUACAGGCUCGGCGCGCCACCACACCCUCGCACAUGUACGCAACUCGACGACGAGUAUCCACCAUUACCAGCCCAGCGAGGCGUCACUAACGAGCUCUCCGCAGAGCGUAAAGUCGCCCCUUUCUCCUGUCACUCCGCGCAGCCCGUACGGGCCAUGUAUCGGUUCGCUCAAUAAACGCACCAUGAGCCGCACCUUCCGGCAACCGAACAUAGACGAGGUGCUCCCCUUUGCCUCGUCUCCCUUCGCCGCGUGGGACCCAGUCGCGAUUGAUGCCGAGGAGAACGGAAAACCGGUGUCCAAGCGCCCAGGUUCCGAAGCAAGUGGGGCCGGGUGGCGCGACGUGCGAGCCAAGGGCUCCACCAAGGCGCGCCGCGUGUGGUGUGAUGCCAAGGGCAAGGAUGCCUGUAUAACUUACAAGGUCGGAUGGGAGCGGGAAGUCCUCGACCUCGAGUCGCGACUGCACGAGACCAUGUACGAGGUGGCAAGGGGAAGACAUUCCUUUGUCGAAGGAGAGCCGGCGACGGUCCUCGAUCUCGGCACAGGUACUGGGCUGUGGCCCAUUUCCGCCGCACUGCAGUGGAGAAGUGCCAGAAUCAUUGGCGCUGACAUUGUGCCUUGCCAAAUCGACGUACAGGCGCUCGCAGCGGCCGAGACGAGAGCCCGCACCAGUGUGUCCGGCGAGGCUGACGGCCUGGGAGUGUGGGCGAGCGUUGCUGCCCGUGUCUCGUUCCAGCAGUUCAACUUCCUCGAGGGACUGCCAUACGACUCGGGCGUCUUUGACAUGGUUCACAUCCGCUUCGUCGGCCUCGGCGUCCCCGAGACCCACUGGCCUCAGCUUCUCGACGAGGCUGUGCGCGUCCUCCGCCCCGGUGGCGUCCUUGAGAUAAUCGAAAUGUCGUGUGAACCACCGCCUUCUGCCCCCCCUUCGGUCGCCAACAGUUUCGCGUCCCAGCUCCUCUCCGACUUCAUUCCCCAAAACCCUGUUCUUGCGCUCCAGAUGCACCUUCCAGCCACGGCAGCAGUGAGCCAGGGCUCGACCAGGCCGCUCUUCCAGACGACGUGGAGCGGCACAGAAGACGACUACUUUAGCGUUGGCCCAUGGGGCGGCCCCCGAGGGGCGGCCCCACCAGCCAUCGCCGACGCCGCGUCGGUAUGGAUACGUUCCUCCCUCAGCUACCGUGGCACAGGGUUGAAAGCGCUCCGCGACUCUGGCACUGGUUUGCGAGCAGUCAGCGAGCUCGCGGCAUUCGAUCCCCAUCGGUGGGGAGCGGUCCCCCGGACGACUGAGGAGGAGGAGAAGGAGGAGAAGGAGGGGGAGGAGGGGGAGGACCAGCCGGCGCGCCCCCCUGCUGGAGGCGGGAGAAUCUCACUGGCGGUCUGGGUCGCCGCCAAGAUGUAG